AUAUAACAGAUUUUCCAAAAAGAGAGCUAGAAAAAUAUUUUCUGGAUCAGCUAUGCAAACGGAAUGGCCCUUAAUGAAAUAUCUAACAUUCUUACACUCUGUGGUGAAAAAACGAAGAACAUUUGGGAACAUUGCGAUGGAAGACGAAUCAAAUUCCCCUUCAGAAACACAGGAAUUUGAUGAUCUUUAUAAAGACAGUGCAAAAAACCUGACCGCAGAGGAUGACUCUAUGCAAUACGUUGACUACAUGUAUUUAGAUGAUGAGACAGGGAUUGUCACUGACAUACCUAGCAGGGAGGCAUCUUUACAAUCUUUCUCAAAUAUUUUAGGCGACAAUACGAUAGCAUAUCUCAGACAGGAAACAAAAUCGACGACACCUAUAUCGCAAGAGCCUGUGACAUCUACACCACAAAGAUUAUUAACACCGAACAGAUCUACACCAGACAGACCUAACAUAUCUAUACCACAAAGACCUGUAACACCAAACACAUCUACAGAAGAAAGACCUGUCACAUCACAAAUAUCAAUAUCACAAAGACCCAUAAUACCAAACACAUCUACAGCAGACAGACCCGUUACUCCAAAAACAUCUAUAUUACAAAAAUCCAUAACACCAAAAGCAUCUGCAGCAAAAAAACUUAUUACAUCAAACACAUCUAUACCAAAGAGACUUACAAGUCAAAAUAAAAAAGAAUCUCCAGACAUUAAAGAACAAUUAGGUAAUGCCGUAGAUGUUUUUAAAAGUUUCGUUACUCACAAGAAUACCGCAAGUGCAGAAGACGAAUCUUUAAAAUAUUUUUGUGACUCAUUGUACGGAGAUUUAAAAAGUGUCGAUAAAAGUGAUUUAAUAUCUUGUAAAAUUGAGAUUAUGCAAAUAAUUUCAAGUGUGGAAACAUUAUUUGUAUUCGACAAUGGCGAGUCUGGUGAUAACUACCAGAUUCCAGUGCUCUUUCAAAAGUUGACUCUUUAA